GGAAGCUGUCCUUCUCUGGGAUGACAGGUGUCCGUAUGCUGGGCCUGCUCCACGACACGGUGGUCUUCUUGGUGGAGCAGCUCCAGGCGGCCCGCCGCUGCCAUAGCCACGCCUUCCGCUUCUUUAAACAGAUCAGCCAAGAGGAGGACCUGCCUGUCAACCCCUCUGGAUGUGCCCGCUCUGAGGUCUACCUCGGGAAGUCCACCUUCGACAUGUUCAACUUCCUGGCUUCCCAGCACCGCCAGCUCCCUGACAUCAACCCCUACGAUGAGGAGGAGGAUGAAGUCCCACUCAAAUCCACAAGACGUGCCACUAGUUUGGACCUCCCCAUGGCCAUGCACUUCAGAUAUCUGGAGAGGACAUCUAAGGAGGCUGUAGGCGGUAUCGGCUGCUACAUGUUCCGUAUCGAUGACUUUGACGUGGUGGACGCCACGAUGCGCAGCAAUGCGGGGUGCUUCAUCAACCACUUGUGCGAGCCCAACUGCUACUCACGCGUCAUCAACGUGGAGGGCCAGAAGCACAUCGUCAUCUUUGCCCUGUGCAAGAUCUACCAGGGCGAGGAGCUUACUGUCAUGACUGUCCUGUGA